AUGACUGCAGCAAGCGCCAACAGCGCCUGCUGCAGCAGCAGCAACAGCAACAGCUGCUGCAGCAGCAGCAGCGCGGACACAGCAUGUAGCAGCAACAGCAAUGUUGUUGUUCCCCCAUCGAGUACGCCUGGCUCUGGCAGCAGCAGCAGCAGCAACAGCAGCAACAGCAGCAGCGCCAGCAGCAGCAACAACCCCAGCGCCAGCAGCAGCAACAACCCCAGCGCCAGCAGCAGCAGCAGCAGCAGCAGCAGCAGCACCGGCAGCAGCAGCAACAGCAGCGGCAGCAGCACCACCACCGCCACCAGCACCACCAGCAACAGCAGCACCAGCAGCAGCACCAGCAGCAGCAGCACCAGCAGCAGCAACAGCAGCAGCAGCAGCAGCAGCAGCAGCAUAGAAGUGGAUGAGUUGCUGCUGCAAGAAUUGGAGCGUGUUUAUCUGCCUGCAAACUAUGAUUUCGAGCUGCUGAAGGUGGCGCGGCGGUUAGCAGCAGCAGCAGCAACUCGUGUGUCUCUGCAGCUGCCUGAGGGUCUCUUAACUUGGGGAUAUCAAAUUGCUGCUAUUCUUAUGCGCACCGUACCUUCCAUUGAAGCACAUACUCAAGGAGAUGCUGCUGCUGCUGCUGCUGCUGCUGGUGGUGCUGCUGCUGCUGCUGCGCCUGCUGAUGCUUGCGGCGGUGGUGCUGCUGCUGCUGCUGAUGCUUCUGAUGCACGCAGCAACUGCAGCAGCAACAGCACCAGCACCAGCACCAGCAGCAGCAGCAGCAGCAGCAGCAGCAGCAGCAGCAGCAGCAGCAGCAGCAGCAAGGGGAAGGUCGGAGUUCAGGUGCAUUACGUAUUUGUAGAUAUAUUUAUAGACCCGGCUGAGGUCUCUACGCAGCUGCAGCAGCUGCUGCCACCAACAGCAAAACUCGCGCUGCAGGCUACAAUACAAUUUACAAAGAGUUUGCAUUGUAUAAAGAGACAGUUAGAGACAGCUAAUUAUUUUCUUCAGCCCCCUUAUCUACCUCAGCUGCUGCCGCUUACAGCAGGAGAAGUACUCGGCUGCACAGCACCCAAACUAAGACCAACAGCAGCAGCAGCAGCAGCAGCAGAUGCAGCAGCAACAGCAGCAGGAAAUGGAGAGGAGGGUGAUACAGGAGGAGGGACAGCUAGAGCAGCAGCAACAAACACAACAGCAGCAGCACCACCAGCAACAGCAGAAGCAGCAGCAGCAGCAACACCAGCAACACCAACAACAACAACAGCAGCAGCAGCAGCAGCAGCACUAGGAACUGCUCUUGCAUGCGGAAGCUCUUGCAACGCAUGUGAUGAUGCACUUGAAAGUAAAUCUACUCUCUGUCUUAGGGGCCCCCAGGGGGCCCCCCAGGGGCCCCUAGGUGAAGAUACACCCGAAAUAGACACUGUUGUCUUCUUAGCUGAUGGUCGUUUUCAUUUGGAAGCAUCUUUAAUUCAAAACCCUGGCAUUAAAUUCCUUAGAUAUGAUCCAUUCACCAAGCGGGUAUUCUAUGAGCGUUUUUCUCAUUGGAGGCUGCACCGCAUGCGUUUAGCAGCAAUUGAAAGAGCGAAGACAGCAAAACGGGUGGGGUUGUUGUUAUCAUCUCUAGGGAGACAGGCAUCAGUCGGCCUAGCUGAAGAUAUAUUUAAACUUCUUCAACAUGCUUCUAUUCUUCCUGUACCAAUUGUUAUGGGCGAGUUCGCCCCAAACAAACUCAAACAACUCACCAAACAUGUUGAUGCUUGCGUACAGGUGGGGUGCCCGCGUCUAUCAAUUGAUUGGGGCGAGGCCUAUGACAUUCCUCUUUUGUCUCCUUAUGAGGCCUACGUAGCUUUUGGGGGGCAGCAGUAUCUCCCAGUUUACCCCAUGGAUUACUACGCGAGAGAUGGCGGCCCCUGGAGCAAUUACAACACUUCCA